GGAGAAGGAGCGGGAGCAGCUCUCUGCCUUACGAAAACACCACGAGGAAGAGAUCCAUCACCACCAGAAAGAGAUCGAGCGGCUGCAGAAGGAAAUCGAGCGCCAUAAGCAUAAGAUCAAGCAGCUUAAAGAUGACUAA